AUGCAAUUAGGUUGUAAUGAAAUAAUGAUUGUCUCAAAGUAUUUUGAAGAUAUUAAUGAUUUUAUUAAUUUAGAAAUUGGAAUUAAAAGAUUUCAAGGAAAUAUGGAACGAUUUCAUUUUAAUCCAAUUCCAUUGAAUCAACAUUCAAGAAAAUUGUUUCCUAAUAUUGAAACAUUUCAUAUUUAUAAUAAAUAUGAUGAAAUAUUUAAAGAUGGAAAAAUAAUUAAAUAUGUAAUAUGGUAUAAAGUGAGUUAUUCAGCAUAUUUAGAAGAGAAAAAAGAAAUGAAUGAAUGUAAAAAUAUAAAAUAUACACAAGAAGAUAGAAUUAAAUAUGGAAAUACAAUACCAAUAGAAGUUACUUCACUCGGAGAUAGAUGUUUUAGUCUGUGUUCAGAAUUAGCACCAAUUAAUAUACUAAAAAUGAUUAAAAUACGAAAUAAUUUUGAUAGAUGUUCAACAUUAACAACAAUUAAUAUACCAACAAGUGUAACUAAAAUAGGAAAUGAAUGUUUUUAUGGAUGUAAAUCAUUAACAUCAAUUGAAAUACCAAUAAGUAUAAGUAAAAUAGGAGACUAUUGUUUUUAUGAAUGUUUAUCAUUAAAAUCAAUUGAAAUACCAACAAGUAUAACUGAAAUAGGAGAUAGAUGUUUUAGAGGAUGUUCAUCAUUAACAUCAAUUAAUAUAGAAGAUGUAAAAUAUAUAAGUGAAGAAAGAAUAUUUAUGAAUGAACCAGUAAAGAUAUUAAUGAAUUUAACAUUCCAACAACAAUCACUGAAAUAG